GCCUUUCAAAAUAUUUGAAGUGCUCAAAAAGUAAAAUUAGAAACUCCAAUUCUAAAUUUUUUCUUCCCUCCCAAAAUCUUAUAUAAACACCUCCCAACCAUUAAACGUUGAUCACACCAUUUCAACAGCAAACAAACACGUCUUCACUUCUCCUUCUUCUUCUCCCACUGUCAUUAGUUUCAAUAAUAAACAAAAGAAUUUCCAACCAAUUUCUUCAAUUCAUCAACCAGUUAUGGCUCCAAGCUUAAGCAAAAACUCCACAGAAGUAUUGGGAGCUGUGGAUGACCAAAUACCACUAUCAAUAACUCUUGAAGGCUCAGAUUUUUUAGCCAAUGGUCACCCUGUUCUAACAGAGGUCCCAUCCAACAUUGUUGCUACACCAUCUCCAUAUUUCUCCAAGAAAAAUCUGUCCAGAAAAAUGGUAGGAAGUUUUGUCGGCUUUGAUGCUAAAGAACCAAAGAGCCACCAUGUAGUCCCAUUAGGAAAGCUUCAAAACAUAAGAUUCAUGAGCAUUUUCAGAUUCAAAGUAUGGUGGACCACUCAUUGGGUGGGAGAUUGUGGUAAAGAUGUCGAACACGAGACCCAAAUAAUCAUCCUGGAGAAAUCCAAAAACGGAAACCGCCCUUAUGUUCUUCUCCUCCCCAUUCUUGAAGGCCAAUUCAGAGCUUCAUUGCAGCCGGGCGCGGAUGAUUACAUCGACCUCUGCGCGGAAAGCGGAUCUUCCAAAGUUUGCGAAUCGAGGUUUCGCAGCUGCCUUUAUAUGCACGUUGGAGGUGAUCCAUUCCAAUUAGUGAAGGAAGCCAUAAAAGUGGUCAGGGUCCAUUUGGGAACUUUCAAGCUUCUUGAAGAGAAAACUCCGCCAGGUAUAGUUGAUAAAUUUGGUUGGUGCACUUGGGAUGCCUUUUAUCUUAAGGUACAUCCUAAAGGGGUAUGGGAAGGGGUAAAAAAUUUAGUAGAGGGUGGAUGCCCGCCAGGUAUGGUCUUGAUAGACGACGGAUGGCAAUCCAUUUGCCAUGAUGAAGAUGAAUUGAAUGAUCACCAAGAAGGGAUGAAUAGGACUUCAGCUGGUGAACAAAUGCCCUGUAGGUUAAUAAAAUUUGAAGAAAAUGCUAAGUUUCGGGAGUAUAAGAGCUCUAGGGUACCCUAUGAAAGAGGGUUGGGUGGUUUUGUUAGGGAUCUUAAAGAUGAGUUUAGGAGUGUAGAACAUGUUUAUGUUUGGCAUGCUCUGUGUGGGUACUGGGGUGGGGUUAGGCCUAAUUUAGGACCUAAGAUGCCUGAAUCUAGGGUCAUUAGUCCUAAAUUGUCACCGGGAUUGCAGAUGACAAUGGAGGAUUUGGCUGUUGACAAGAUUGUCAACAAUGGAGUUGGGUUGGUCCCACCAAACAAAGUGCAAGAGUUGUAUGAAGGUUUGCAUUCGCAUCUUCAAUCAGCUGGAAUUGAUGGAGUCAAGGUGGAUGUUAUACAUUUGCUCGAGAUGCUAAGCGAAGACUUUGGAGGAAGAGUUGAGCUAGCCAAGUCAUAUUACAAAGCUUUGACUGCAUCAGUCAGAAAACACUUCAAAGGCAAUGGCGUUAUUGCUAGCAUGGAGCAUUGCAAUGACUUCUUUUACCUUGGAACAGAGGCCAUUGCUCUGGGUCGAGUAGGGGAUGACUUCUGGUGCACUGACCCAUCGGGUGAUCCCAACGGUACAUUUUGGCUACAAGGGUGUCACAUGGUGCAUUGUGCUUACAACAGCCUAUGGAUGGGCAAUUUCAUUCAACCAGAUUGGGAUAUGUUCCAAUCAACUCAUCCAUGUGCUGAGUUUCAUGCUGCUUCCAGAGCCAUUUCUGGAGGACCAAUUUAUGUUAGUGAUUCUGUUGGCAGUCACAAUUUUGAACUGCUCAAGAGUCUAGUCUUGCCUGAUGGUUCCAUCCUAAGGUGUCAAAAUUAUGCUCUUCCAACUAGAGACUGCCUCUUUGAGGAUCCUUUACAUGAUGGGAAAACCAUGCUCAAGAUUUGGAACCUCAACAAGGUACAUUAGACUAACAAUCCGUUACCAAAUCAAAUCAAUGCCAUUUCCUAAACUAACAAUCUGAUCACCAAAUCAAAUUUAUAAACUGUAGAGGCUAAUGCAAGUGAUUGCCAAACUCUGCCCGAAAUGUGAAAAUUGAUGUUGUGUUUUGGGUUCAUUUUGGCAGUUUGCCGGAGUACUUGGAGUGUUCAACUGUCAGGGAGGAGGUUGGUGUCGUGAGACAAGGAGAAACAAAAGCGCAAGCCAAUUUUCAGUCACCAUUUCAUGCUUGGCAAGUCCGAAAGAUAUCGAGUGGCAAAAUGGAAACACCCUAGCAUUAAUGUCCCAGGAUGCAAAUGAUGAAGGAACUUAUGCAGUUUAUAUGCACCGUCAAAAGAAGCUCAAACUAAUGAACAUUACGGACAACUGCGAAAUUUCUCUUAUGCCAUUCAAUUAUGAGCUUUUGACAAUCUCUCCCACAACUUCUUUCAGACAAAAAUCAGUUCAAUUUGCACCAAUCGGACUGGCUAAUAUGCUGAAUUCCGGUGGUGCAGUGGAGAGCGUAACGUGCGAUAGUGACAAAGCCACAGUGACUGUCGGAGUGAAGGGAUGUGGUGAAAUGAGAAUUUUUGCAUCAGAGAAACCUCAGUGUUGUAUGAUUGAUGGAGUUUGUGUAGAUUUCAGGUAUGAUUCUCAAAUGGUCAUAGUUGAUGUCCCAUGGCCUAAUUCCUCAAACUUGUCUUUCAUUAGGUAUCUAUUUUGAGAAAUCUUCGUUUGGAAUUGCUCGUUCAUGAUAAGCUGUAAUAUAAUGUUGUAUUUACCUGUCCAAGACCAGCUGGAUAGGAGUUGUAAGAGCUAAUUAUUCCUAUUUUAUCGAAAUUGAAUGUGUAUUCUAAUCUUUUUUAAUGACCUUUAUAUCGACUUCAUUUUCCAAAGC